AUGAAUAACGAAAUAUUACAGAACGAUGAUAAUAAUUCUAAACAAAUAAUAUUAUCAAAUACAGAUGAUUUAGAAUUAUUACCACAUUUUGAAGAAUUUCAAUAUUCUUCAAAUAGUAAUGAUUCAUUAUUACAAUCCGAUCAACAUAUGGAUACCGCAACAUCAUCAACAGAUGAUUUAACAAAAACAAAUCAAUAUUUAUCAUCGAAUUUUUAUUCGAAAGAUUCAGCACUUGAUUUAUCUGAUGAUAAUUUCAAUCGACAACAUAUUUUAGAUAAUGAUGAUGAACACGAACAAAUUGUAUCAUUAACAACAUUACAAGAUAAAAGUAAACAGAAUUUAGUAUUUUGCCUUUUUUUUUCGCCUUCAUUUUUCAUCUACUCAAAAAAAUUUUAUCAUAAAAAUCAAAGGUUAAAAAAAUACUUUUAGGCAGCUUCUAUACAAGAUAGUAAAAGAGAUUAUCAUAGAUGGCCUUACUCACGCGUGCAUUUUAAAUCUAUUCAAAAAUUAAGUAAUUCAAGACAGAUGAGAAAACUUGUGUCUUUCCUAUCACGGAAUAACACAGUAACUUUAGACUAUUUGAAGAGAUAAAUGUAUUUUUUGUUCUGCAUCAUUGUGUUUCUCAAACAAAUGAAAUAAUCCAUUUGUUUGAAAUAUAAUCUUACUUAUUCAUUAAACAGACACAUUAUAAUAGUAUUGUGAUUUCCGUUUUGAAUACAAUCGGAUGUAAUUAGUCCUAGAGAGCUUUAAUUUAUUGUCUUAAGCAGGAAACAUAUAUAUUACUUAGAAUUGUAGGAGAAUUUAUUGAUUAUAAACUAAUGAUCUUUAUAUAAGAAGGUUGGUUGGCUAUUAAGGGGAAAAAGCGAGAGUCUCAUAGUUUUUUGUAAUCGUUUCAAAGGAGUACAGGGAGAAUUCGAAUGACGUAUUAAGAUAUUGUUUUUUGUGUACUCAAAAAGUGAGUACACUCUAGAAUCGAUCAGUGUGUACGUCCUGCCGUAUACACGAUAACUUUCGAAAGGAGAGGCAGAUUUUGAUGAAAUUUUCUACACAAUUCAGUCUCAUCAAGAUCUCAAUUGAGUUCAAAUUUGAGCAUAAUUGAACGAGCCAUUCUCGAGUUGUUGUAAAAAUACUGAUUUUCCCCUAUGAUUUCCAUAUACACUUUUUGCAGUACACAUGACUCUCGGAUAAAAUCCGAAGUUUCUGCAUUUAUUUUGUACUAGAAAUAGAUCUAAAAGACAAUUAGGGAAUGAGACAUUUCGCACCAACCUUUACGAUUUCCUGUCGUAGAUGUUCGUUACGAUCCCUCGACAUAAGGAACAAACAGCAGGAUUUUCGUACUGAAAGUUGUUUAGGAUAAAAAUUAUUUCCGAACACCCGGUGCUAUACCUAGUACGAAAUGUCUUUAUCCCGACAACUAUAUUUCUAUAGUUUACUGUAAUGAUUAUAAUAUAUUUUUUUAUCUUUUUAAGUAUGCGAAUAAAAAGACAUUUGAUAUUUGAAUAAUUUCAUUUCAGUUCAACUAUCCUUGAGUGUUUUUGGUUAUGUUUUGAUAUAUCAUUAGACAUAUGCAUAUUGUCCAUCGGGUUGUCUCACUCCCAUUCAAUCUAAACUGAUUGGCUAUUAACUAAUCCUACAUUGUAUUGUCGCCCUUCGAAAAGAGCUCAUCACGCUCGUUCUUUAUUUACAUAUAUGCAUUGACCAGCUAAUGAAGUAUAUAUAUAU